UUGACAUUAGUGCUGAUCAGAACAACAGGGGUUUAUCCAGAGCGCGACGCGUCCUUUCGCGUAAAGUGCUAUAGGGGGGUAAAUCAUACUACUAGAUGGUCUCGUUGUUGAUCAAAACACAAUUGUCAUUCACAUCUCACUAACAAGGACCCAGUCACUAUGACGAUUACUACGACGGCCUCGAACUUGCAAUCUGAAACAUGCAGUGCUAUUCAUCCCUACGUUCUUCUCUCUACAUACCGCCUUCUCGUGUGCCAGGUUUGUGGGUUCGCCUACUCUUCUAUUCCUAAUUGUCGUGUACCCCUAAUUGUCGCGUACCCCUGUUCACUUCUCAAGUGCCUGUCUAUCUCCGGUUUAUUCCCAUAUGCCCAUACUAUGGCGACUUAUCUUUCCCGUUUUGAUCGACGGCCUGGGGGCGCGUUACUCACACGUGUGAACGCGUACUUGAGCUUUCUUACAUCAUCGACACUUCCUACUGUAAUUUUCAUCCGAGAUUUAUUUUAGCGGCCCGUACAAGCUGAUGCUUUACAACGACUAGCAGAAUAUAACCGCC